CCCUCUUAUAUAUACAUCAAACUCCUCAAAAGUUUUCAUUCAAAUUCAACAACAUAAACUCUUCCUUAAGCUUUGUAAAGAUGAUCAUUCGAUUCUUACUCGGUUUGAUACUAUUGAGAGAGAUGGUAGCCGGUGGUUUUAGGUUUGGAGUUGAUGCAUUGUCUAUGAACUAUUAUAUCAUGACAUGUCCAAUGAUUGAAGGAAUUGUUAGGAAUGCAGUUUCUAGUGCUCUUCAAGAUGAUCCUACCUUGGCUGGCCCUCUUUUAAGAAUGCAUUUCCAUGACUGUUGGAUUCAGGGAUGUGAUGCAUCAAUCCUUAUAGACUCAACGAAGAAUAAUACGGCGGAAAAGGACUCCCCGGGAAAUCUAAGCUUACUAGGAUUUGAAGUCAUAGACAACAUUAAAGACCAAGUCGAGGACCAGUGUCCUGGAGUUGUUUCUUGUGCUGAUAUUAUUGCCAUGACUGCUAGAGAUGUUGUUUUCUUGAGUGGUGGUCCAAUAUAUGACAUACCUAAAGGAAGAAAAGAUGGAAGAAGAUCAAAAAUAGAAGACACAAUCAACCUCCCUUUUCCCACUCUCAAUAGCUCCGAGCUCAUUAGAGUUUUUGGACAGCGUGGCUUUACUGUUCAAGAUAUGGUCGCUUUGUCAGGAGGCCACACUUUGGGAGUGGCAAGGUGCUCCUCAUUCAAGACAAGACUAAGCAAGUUCGACGCAACACAUGAUGUGGACCCAUCACUAAAUCCUGAUUUUGCUAAGACACUUUCUAAGACAUGUAGUAGUGGUGUUGACAAAGCAGAACAACCCUUUGAUGAUUCAAGAAAUGAUUUCGACAAUCUUUACUUCCAAGCAUUGCAAAACAAAGCUGGUUUGCUAACUUCUGACCAAACCUUAUUUGAUAGCCCUAGAACUCGAGGCAUUGUUAAUGGUUAUGCUAUGAAUCAAGCCUUGUUCUUCCUCGAUUUCCAACGAUCCAUGGUUAAGAUGAGCUUGCUCGAUGUCAAAGAAGGAUCUAAGGGUGAAGUCCGAAGGGAUUGUCGAAAAAUUAAUUAAUUAUGCCCCCUCUCGGCUCUCCAUUGAUAAGAAUGUCAUAUCGCGCAGUGCAUUAAUUAGUUCGAUCAACACAAGUACACAACAACAUAAUAAUACUAUUUGUUUAGUUUGAGCCAAUUUCUAUAUUGUAAACUAGAUGUACUAAGAAAAUGUUCUCACUUUUCUUAUGUAAUUAGUGUUAGAAUAUUUGUGCAUGACAUCUUUUGUUCAUAUAGAUAAAUAUGUAAGAUUGAUGUGUAUAAGUGUUUCCUUUCAGAAUAAUAAUAAUUAAGUCAUGUUUUAUAUGGCCAAA